AUGGACUUCCACGACAAGAAGGGCAAGUGCAUGAGGAAAGACGGGGAACAUGACAUAGAGAUCGUGCUCCCUUCUCACCCCGGCCCGAAUGAACCGGCACAACUCGGUACCGAGGAAGAACAGAAGUGGAAUGAUGAAGCCAUUGGAUUGGGCCUUGUUCUCCCGCCCAUGUCCGCGCUGGCCAGCCACCAGUCGCCUGCUAUCCUCCACAGUUCAGUCUGGCAUUACAUGCAGACGGUGGUCAUCGAACGAUCUGUGGGGGAGUUUAGGAACCCUGUCGGAUACGACCUGAGCAGUGUUACGCACGCCAAAUAUCAUGGCAUCGCACAACAAGUUGAAGCACCAAGCGGCCAGGUGACGGAGGGGUUUAUCCCCCAUACCGCUGCCGUGAACCAUGCGACGUCUCCUUCUUCGGCGGCCAUGAGCAACAUGCAUGCCCGAUUAAUCGAGUGGACGGCUGGGGUGGUUGUGGCGGAUGGUGAUAUUGGAGGGAAGGAGGGGCAGGAGGAGAAAUAUGGGACGGACGUAGGUGGCUCAGGGCGGAUGGAACUGCGGAGAGAACCGUGGUUUAGCGCGUCUGGGCCUCAUCCAGUCUGGGUUGACUUGUUCUCAGAUCGACUAUGA